GAAAAGGCGUUGAAUAUUCAAUUGAAAACAGAAAUGGCGGGGUAUGAUGGCACUGUAACUCUAAAAAUAAAACACUGCGUCGGGAGUUAAGGAUUUUGUUUUGGCAAAAAAAUGUGAAAAACGGGAAUAUGAAGUCCAGCGAAGCAGCGCGGCAGGUUACAGAGUCCAUUAGUGGUACAGCUAUUUAUAAUGGAUGCUUUCUAAAAGAAGACCAGUUAAGUGUUUACGCAUUUAUUAUUUUCCUUUGAACAUUUGCUCAUAACUUCAGCUAGUAUUCAAACAAUACAAUGCAGACUGUAACAGGCGGGCUUCUUAGCUCACAUUUGAAAUGAUUUGUUCCUAAGCAACGCGUUAAUACUGGAAAGAGCCUGUAUUAUUUAUUUGGCUGAUUUACAGCGAAACAACGAGCCAUGUCUAAUAAUGGAAAAGUCAUCCCGGACACCCCGCUGGUCGUGGACUUUUGGCAGGUUCGGAAAUGUCCCGGCAGCCGGUUGUUUUUCCUGACCCACAUGCACAGCGACCACACGGUGGGUCUGACCUCCACCUGGAGCAACCGACCCAUCUACUGCUCCCCCGUCACUGCCGCCCUGCUCAGACUCAAACUGCAGGUGAAAGAACAAUGGAUCCAUCCUCUGGAGCUGUGUGAGCCAUACCUGCUCCCUCUGGAUGACAUAGGCAAGGAGAAGCUCACCGUCACACUGAUAGAUGCCAACCACUGUCCUGGAGCUGUCAUGUUUCUCUUUGAGGGCUACUUCGGGGCAAUUCUCUACACUGGUGAUUUCAGAUACACUCCUUCGAUGCUGCGUGAGCCAUGUUUAAGGACCAACACAACCAUAGACAUUCUGUACUUGGACAACACCAACUGUGACCCCAACCGCACUCUGCCAUCCAGACAGAAAGCCACUCAGCAAAUAAAAGAGAUCAUCCGCAGAAACCCCGACCACAACGUUGUUAUAGGCAUUUAUUCUUUGGGCAAGGAGACUCUGUUGGUUGAGCUGGCGAUGGAGUUUAAGACCUGGAUUGAAGUGAAUUUCGAGAGAAUGGAGACCCUCAGAGCUCUGGAGCUUCCUGACAUCUUCACCACUGAGCCCGGGGCCGGCCGCAUCCGAGUGGUGGACCAGUCCAAGAUCUGCUCAGCGGUGUUGCAUGAGUGGAACAAAGAACAACCCACACUGGCCAUCUUACCCACCAGCAGACCUCUCAUUUCCUUCCAUCCCAACGUCUACGUAGUGCCAUAUUCAGACCACUCCUCCUACCAGGAGCUGGAGGAUUUUGUCUCGGCGCUCAGACCUUCGUCCCUUGUACCCAUUGUUGGAAGCUGCCUACCUGGAGGCCUGUCUGCCUUACUGCCGCACAAGAAACGCCAAGACGUCCAUGUGCCCGAGUCAGUCCGAGUCUACAUGUUGAGACAGCCCGAACGGCAGCUCGGCUCCUCAGGGUACAACGGCCUCUGUCGCAGAAACCUCAGUUCUCUUGCUCCCAGAGGAGUGAUAUUUGAUACUCCUGUGAAAAAAUCUAGGAAGUUGUAUGAGAAAGCCUGUGAGGAAGAAGACAUAGAGCAGGAUGGAUCUGAGGAAGAUAUUGACACAGAAAGCAGCGAAAGAGACUCCGACUGUAUUCUUGUUGAUCCGAGCAUAAAACUCACCCCUAACAAAAACAGAGAAGGGGACAAUGAGGAAAUAGUUUCUGGAGAACUGGCGAUGAUAGAAUCGGUGCAGCUUGGUCAGCUCACUGAAAGCAGCUUUGAUCCAGUGCUGACAAACUCAAAUACCUUCAGGACAAGGCAGCAGUUGGAAAUUAAGACGAGCGUAAAUACACAUGGGCACAAAGGGCGCGGGGACGUUGAGAUGAGCCAAACACUGGCAGAUCACGAUGCCACGAGUGAGCACAGCUGGGGGGAUCAGAGCAGCGCUUCAGCUUUAUUUAAAAAUAGUCCUGAUAGAGCCUCCCUUGGUUCAGAUGAGGUGUCCCGCGAGAGUACGGAGAAGCUUGAAAACAUCCUUCUGAAGCGUCUCCCCUUCUCAGAGAAGGACUUUGUGUCUGGAGGCCUCCUUUCACAUGACUUUGUGCGUCAGUUCACCCUCUGCCCUGUGAAGGACUCAGAGGAAGAGGACGUCUGAAUCAACGUUAACACUUUCGGAUUGCUUCGGUGGCAUUUCCGGCUCACUCGAGCGCUACCAUCACUUUGGUUUCUUAUUUUUCAUCGUCAUCGAGAGUGUUUUCUGAUUUGAGCCGAGCGCGUAGUGACCGCAGAGCGGCAUUAGAUCCAACUCACACAAACAGGGUUUUAUUAUUUUUAUCAUUGACAGUCGAUGGGGAUUUGGCACCACUGUGGGGCGGGCUCCGGGUUCUGCGGGUCUUUAGUGGAUUUUAUCCUUCCUCAGAAUCUCAGAUAAUUUCCUGUGUUUUAAUUAGGAAAUUAUCUGAAGGAGAGACUUGCCCACCUGGCUCAAACACAUUUACCCUUCACUUUCUGCUCUCGCUGUGGAAGACAGCCAAAGUAUUUUUUUGUAAGUGUGAUUUCAAACUGUUUUGUACCUUUUGAUGAGGAAAAUAAAGUACCUCCGAAAACAUUUAGACUAUGAACACAUUCGCUGCUUUUGUAUCACAGCAGACAAAUUGUGACGAUCUUGACCUUGGUGAUCAAAACUACUUCAUUUUUAGGCAUAAGUAGGUUUUAAUUUUACCCUAAAAAUGUAACCUGAUAUAAACAAAAUGUCUGUUUAGCUUUUUUAACUUUGUACUAUUUUCAUCCCUGAGUGGAAGCAUUUUCUUAGUUCUGGAUGGAAGAUUCACAAUUUGUGAUAAUUUGUGAAGCAAAGAAAUUGAUGAUGUUUGUUUGUUGUUCUGAUUAUUAUUUAUAAGGGGGGCUGAUUCCACACUUUUAAUUACUACUGAGGAGAUAAUAAUACUUCCUGUGAUUAACAUGUCUGAGUGUUUUUGAGAGUAUUAACAGAGCAAAAUGGCGCUUAUAAUAAAUGUGUUCAGUCGUAUGCAGGGAGAAAAAUCAGUGCUAAUGUUUCCGAGAAGUCUUCAUGCUUUGAAAUGUUUUUUUUUUCUAAACUGUAAACAAAUACUCAAAAGUUUGUAAGCCUUCUUUCAUAAGGUAAAAUUGUGAAAUAAAAAUAGUUAUAU